UGCGCGUGUGUUUUUCAGCCAUUGGUCCGAGCGCGAGCCGCUGUUAGCCACGUCAACAGGAACUCGCCCAUCUGUGAACUUCCCACUGCGGACGGGAGGAAGGCUGCCACUUCUCGCUUUCACCGCUCUAUUUCUGCUUCACCGUUAAAGAAACGGUCCGUUGACUCCCUUCGGUCUCGCGAACAUUCGGUAUCCUGAGGGAAGCUCGCGGCUAACAGUGUGUCCAGUUGAGGUGUAGUUGGCAGUCAUGUCCUGUACAAGAAGAGUUUGGACAGGGCACCAUGGGGCGGCAUUCUGCGUCCUGUUUGUGAUUUUGAUCAUGGAUGUCCAAGCACGACCCGCAAACAUAUCAGUCCACAGAAGCAAACAUGUCAGCGGUAAGGACGACAACGAGAUCCUUCCUCCUGAUCACCUAAACGGUGUCAAAAUGGAAAUGGAUGGCCACCUGAACAAGGACUUCCAUCAAGAAGUGUUUCUUGGAAAGGACAUGGAGGAGUUUGAUGAAGACUCUGAGCCCAGGAAGAACCGCAAGAAACUAAUUGAAAUUUUUAGCAAAGUUGAUUUGAAUAAGGACAGAAGUAUCAGCGCUAAAGAGCUUCAACGUUGGAUCAUGCAGAAAACAGAAGAGCAUUUCCAAGAGGCGGUGAAGGAGAACAAACUUAAUUUCCAUGCUGUAGAUCCAGAUGGAGAUGGACAUGUGACCUGGAAUGAGUACCGGGUGAAGUUUUUGGCCAGCAAAGGCUUCAAUGAGCAGGAGGUAGCCGAGAAGAUAAAAAAUAACGAAGAUCUUAAAGUGGAUGAGGAGACUCAGGAGAUAUUGGAAAGUCUGAAGGAUCGCUGGUUCCAGGCGGAUAACCCUCCAGCUGACCAGCUGCUGAACGAGGAGGAGUUUCUCUCCUUCCUUCAUCCAGAGCACAGCAGAGGCAUGCUCAAAUACAUGGUCAAGGAGAUCAUCAGAGACCUGGAUCAAGAUGGAGACAAACAGCUAACGCUGUCAGAGUUCAUCUCUCUGCCCAUGGGCACGGUGGAGAACCAGCAGGGCCAGGACAUUGAUGACGACUGGGUUCGUGAAAGGAAGAAGGAGUUUGAGGAGGUCAUCGACGCCAACCACAACGGCAUUGUCACCAUGGACGAGCUUGAGGAAUACAUGGAUCCCAUGAAUGAGUACAACGCUCUUAACGAGGCCAAGCAGAUGAUCGCUGUUGCUGACGAGAACCAGAACCACAACCUAGAACUGGAGGAGAUCCUUAAAUACAGCGAGUACUUUACCGGCAGUAAGUUCAUGGACUACGCCCGUAAUGUACAUGAGGAGUUCUAGCACGUUCUCCUUAAUCCUGUAAGGGGGGGGGGGACCUUUAUUCUGCCCAACAGCUAAACAGACAGAUGUAUGGUACCCACAGUCUUUAGGAUUACAUGUGGGGUUGCCUGCUAGGGAUUUGUUGGUGUGUGUGUGUGUGUGUGUGGGUGGAUGCUUGAAGCAGCAUCUAGAAUGUUAAUGUCUCAUUAUAAAACAUUGAGAAUUUUCUGAUGUUCCUCUUUAAUAUUUUCACACUGCAUCAGAAUCUGCCUUCUGUUUGAGCUGCUUUUGCUGAAGUGUUAAUAAUGGGAUUUAAUAUUUUAUAUGGGGGGGAUAUCAUUGCUUUCAGGUAUAACCAGAUCUUUUGAUCCCUCACUGUAUAGAGAGAGCAGAUUUGUAAAAAGUAAAUGAUGCCUCCGUUUGAAAUGUAAAUAAUAUUCUUGAAACGUUAUAAUAUAUAAGCUUUUUUGAUUCUCACAAAGAAAUGCCCUUGACUUGUGGACACCUGCUGUUUCUGAAGUUCAAGGGUUCACAUGAAUGAAAGAACAGUAAUGCCAAGAAAGUCAAACUGUAAUUGUGUGUGUGUGUGUGGUACUAAAAAGUUUGGACACCCCUACUCAUUCAUGGGUUUUUCUGUAUUGUGACUAUUUUCUACAUUGUACAACAAUACUGAAGACAUCAAAGCUAUGAAAUAACGUAUCGGGGAAUUAUGUGGUAAACAAAAAAUGUUAAACCAAAAAUGUUUGCUAUUUAAAAUUUUUCAAAGCAGCCACUGUUUACCUUGAUGACGCUUUGUACACUAUUGGCAUCAUCUUAACCAGCCUCACGAGAGAGUCGCCUGGAAUGCUUUUCAAUUAACAGGUGUCUCGUCAAAAGUUAAUUAGUGCAAUUUCUUGCUGCCUUAAUGUGUUUUGAGAUCAAAUAAAUAAUAAAAAUACAGUAAAUAGCCCUAUUCCACAACUGUAGUAAUUCAUAUGUCAAGAAUCACUCAACUAAGUAAAGAGAAACGACAUCCAUCAUUACUAUAAGACAUGAAGUGUCUUUUUAAUUAAUAAGACAAAACAUUGAAUUAGGUGUGUCCAAACUUUGUGUUACUGUUGCAUUCAAGUUGUCUAAUAAAAGAAAAUGACUGUGCAUUUUCUGAAUUGACAAGAAAAGACAUUUGUUUUUUUUGCCCUCAUAUGGCAGGUGUUUGUUUGCACAUGGUAUAAAUGAGCAGAUAUUGACACUAUUAUUGUUGGAUACUUACACCGUCUCCUUAUGUCCUUCAUCCUCCUUCAUAUCCCUCUGAGGAGAGAUUAUGGAUUCUUUCGAAGUUCUUGUGAGGAUUUCUACUUAAUUUCUCGGUGAUUUUUUCUUUUUCAUGUUGAUUUCAGAGCAGGGACUGACCUAGGACCAAGUUGGUCAAUGCUCAAUGGCUCUGGAAACAGCACUAUUACUGUGAGACUCUGUAAUACCUCCCACAGAUCUGGUGUGCAUUAGCUUUCCUUGAAUCACAUGCAAAGCAAAAGAUUAGUUCGUUAUUUUUGCUUCUCUUUUCCAAGACUAAAAAUGUCAUACUUUAAAUGGAGUAAAUCUGUUGGCUUUUAUUGUGGAAUUGGGGUGCAUUGAUGUAUUAUUUCAAAUAUAUAAAUAUUUUCUUAAAUUUUACAAGUUUUGUUUAAUAUUUAAUGGGUCCCUUCAUUCUUAUUGGAAAGGCUUGUUUUAUGAGUCCAUUAUUAUAAAGUAUGCUUUCUUGGUUAAUUUAUUACCAUCUUAUGCAGGAUAUGAGUUUAUGAAGCCAUUUGUGUACAUUAUGAUGCCUUUGUCCUGUGGAAGUGUUUGAUUUAAAGCUGUUUCUUUCAGCUGUAUGCCCACAUUUUCUUACAGCUGCUGAAUGUCUUGGCUUUUAUGCAUUAAACAAUGCUGUCUAAAUUGA